AUGAUGUCCUCCAAUGUACUCUCCCGCUUCUUGCCUCCGACGGGUUCCCCCUCGGUCUACGAGACUAUCCGCCAGCACGACGUCGGUUCGGACUCCUCCGAUGUCGAAGAACGCGCAGGGAUGGUCGAUCAACAGGACCAUUUCAGUGACGGGGAGCUGGAAGAUGCGUUGGCCGAUGCGAGGGACAGCGAGAUCGCCAGUCCCAACGAUGCUCUGCUCGGCCAACAGCGCUCGCGCAAAGGCAAGGCACCCGAAGAGAGCCCUACAUCCGCCCCUCGAUCCCGCUGGCGCAAGCCUUCCCGUCCCCGCUGGAUGACGCGUGAAUCAUCGACCGGAUACGAGCUGGACGAGCAGGAUGAGGAUGUCCCCCAGUCGCUGCUGGUGGAAGGACCCCUUGACGAGGACCAGCAGUUAAACCUUCCUCCACCUCCAUCCCAUGAUCUCUCCGACGCCUCCACAUCUCCAAACCCGAGACCAUCGCCGCAACCCCGCCGGUCCCCCUGGGAAACACGAGGACCUCGUCAACCACCCGAUCUUGAAAGUAGUCGUCCGCCGGGGAGAUGGUCUACCGCGCAACACCCAAGUCUGGCCAAUGCUGACCCCAAAGAGAAGGCAAUGUGGCGGUGGGCCAAUGUCGAGGAUCUGGACAACUUUAUCAAGGAUGUCUAUAUUUACUUUUUGGGAAAUGGAAUCUGGUCCAUCUUCCUGGGUCGAGCCCUGAAUCUUUUGACCUUUGCUUUCGUAGUGGGUUUCACAACAUUUCUCUCUAACUGUAUCGACUACCAGAACGUCCGAGGGAGCAAAACCUUGGACGAUAUUCUCGUGCCGAGAUGUACAGCCAAGAUGUCCGGGACGUCCACGUUCCUAUUGUGGCUGUUCAGCUUCUUCUGGAUGGGAAAGACCUUCCAGUACCUGCUGGAUAUUCGUCGGUUGAAGCACAUGCACGACUUUUACUUUUAUCUUCUCGGGAUUUCCGAUGCGGAAAUUCAGACCAUCUCAUGGCAGGAAGUAGUCAGCCGCUUGAUGACGCUGAGAGACGCCAACCCGGCCACCGCAGGUGCUGUCUCUGCCAAACACCGAAGAUUCUUGGGAAGCCAGUCGAAGCAACGAAUGGAUGCCCAUGAUAUUGCCAACCGUCUGAUGCGCAAGGAGAACUACAUGAUUGCUUUGGUUAAUAAGAACAUCUUGGAUCUCACAUUACCAAUCCCAUUUCUCAGGAACCGACAGUUAUUCUCCCGAACUUUGGAGUGGAAUCUCAACCUGUGCAUCAUGGACUAUGUGUUUAACGAGCAAGGCCAGGUGCGGACGCUGUUUCUCAAAGAUACCCACCGACGAGCAUUGAGCGAUGGACUGCGACGACGCUUUAUUUUCGCUGGCAUUAUGAAUAUCUUUGUGGCUCCCUUUAUCGUUGUCUACUUCAUGAUGCACUACUUUUUCCGAUAUUUCAACGAGUUCAAGAAGAACCCAGCCGAAAUCGGCUCGCGCCAAUACACGCCGCUGGCAGAGUGGAAGUUUCGCGAGUUCAACGAGCUGUGGCAUCUAUUCGAGCGGCGGAUUAACAUGUCAUAUCCGUUCGCCAGCCGCUACGUUGAUCAGUUUCCCAAGGAUAAAACGGUUCAGGUUGCGCGCUUCGUUGCCUUUGUCUCUGGUGCAUUGGCCUCGGUGCUUGCACUCGCCUCGAUUGUGGAUCCGGAACUAUUCCUUGGGUUCGAGAUCUCUCCUGACCGGACCGUCCUCUUCUAUCUUGGUGUCUUCGGUUCUAUCUGGGCUUUUGCCCGGGGAUUGGCCCCCGAAGAAAACGACGUCUUUGAUCCCGAGUUUGCACUCUUGGAACUGAUCGACUUUACACAUUACUUCCCGUCGAGCUGGAAGGGCCGCCUGCACAGCGAUGAGGUGCGUAAGGACUUUGCUACCUUAUAUCAAGUGAAGAUUGUCAUCUUCCUAGAAGAGAUUCUGAGCAUGAUCUUUACGCCGUUCGUGCUGUGGUUCAGCCUGCCUAAAUGCAGCGACCGUCUGAUUGACUUCUUCCGGGAGUUCACCGUGCACGUCGACGGGGUGGGAUAUCUCUGUUCGUUUGCCGUUUUCGACUUCAAAAAAGGCACGAACGUGAUGUCGCAGGGUCGGCGCGACUCUGGUAAACAGGACCUGCGUGCAGACUAUUUUUCGACCAAGGAUGGCAAGAUGCUCGCUUCCUACUAUGGCUUCUUGGAUCACUACGGCACCAAUCAUCCACCCUCCGCUGCUCGGCGACUUUUCCAUCCGCCGCCCACGCUCCCUGCCCUCGGGUCACCCUCUGGCGCUGAGAUGGGCGGCACUCCAGAUCGAUUCGAGCGACCGUUGGCAGGCGGCCCCUUCGGUCCGCAGUCGAUCGUCGGUGCCCCGAGACUGCGGCCAGCAGCGACGACAGGCGACCAUCGCUCUCCCGCACCGUCUCUGCUCCUAGAUCCACACCACCAGCCAUCAGCCUCUGGAUUCCGCCCCGCGGGCCGUUCCGCGCCCUACCAGCGCUCUCGCUUGUCACGAUCGCAACAUCCCGUGGCAGAUCCUAUUGAAGAUGACGAGACGCCGUCGUCACAAGAAGCGCACGAUUCCAGCACGCGGCCGUCGGCCGGUGCAGUAGGGGCUUCUAGUGGCGGGGUCGGGACCGACGAGAGUAACCUGGGGGAUUCGUGGCGCAUGAAUCCUCUUGGCAAGGAGGGAGACGACGAAGGCGAGAACAUCGAUGCCCUGGCUGGCGGCGCGGGCGUGCUGGGCCUAAUUCAGCAGUUCCAGAAAGCUAACAACGACGGCCGACGGACGGCGGUGGGAAUAUAG